AUGGAGGAGGAGAAACAGAGUCGUCAUCAUCAUCAUCAUUUCGUGCUGGUCCAUGGAGCUUGCCAUGGAGCUUGGUGUUGGUACAAGGUUGUUCCUUUACUGAAACAAGCUGGCUAUAAAGUGACCGCUCUCGACUUGGGCGCUUCUGGGAUCCAUCCAAAGCAGGUUACCGAGAUGGGUUCGGUCUCGGACUACCUCGCGCCGCUGAUGGAGUUGAUGGCUUCCUUAACAGGAGGAGAAGAGAAGGUGAUCUUAGUUGGACAUAGUAUGGGUGGUGUUGCGAUAUCUGUAGCAAUGGAAAUAUUUGCAGAGAAAGUAUCUGUUGCAGUGUAUGUAGCGGCUAUUAUGCCAGCUCCUCAUCCCGGUGUCGGCUACUCUUUUCCAAGAGAAGAGUGUCUCAAGCGAAUGGAUUUCAUGGAUAGCCACUUCUCAUUCCACAAUGGUCCUGAAAAUCCUCCGACCAGCAUGCUGUUUGGACCAAAGCUGAUGUCAACUAAAUUGUACCAGCUCUCCCCACCUGAGGAUUUAACACUGGGAAUGAUGCUAAUACGACCCUGCCCUCUCUUCAACGAUGAGGAAACAGAAGCUGAAAUAGCCCUGACAAGCGAGAAAUUUGGAUUGGUUCCUCGAGUUUACGUCGUCUGUGAAGCAGACGAAAUUUACAAGCCGGAUCUGCAGAGGUGGAUGAUCGAGAACAACCCAACUGACGAUGUCAAGCCCAUAUCUUCAGCUGAUCACAUGGCUAUGUUCUCAAAACCACAUGAGCUCUGCACUUACCUUUUGGAGCUUGCCAGCAAGUAUACUUGA